CUACCGUACUGUAUGAGUUGUAUGGGGAAUUCCAAUGAGGAUUAUCCCAACCGGUCGAGCGCUAAAGCGCAGACACAUCAACCGCUCGAGCUGACAAUCUCUGGAGGAUGAAGAGCUCAUCGAGGAUGACACCGAGAGGAAAACCUUCAUGCAGCGAAUGAUGGACUUCGGAAGCAGUGGCGUCAUGUACUUGCCCAAGAGCGUUGAUAUAGCAAACAAAAGGGUCAAUGUCGUCUAUUGCAUCCUGGAGAUCAUUGUGCUGGCUUUGACUAUUUGGUACUUCGUUCGGCCCGAGCAGUACUCCGCCUCUCUAACACCUGAUUCACAGGCAAUCUUCUGCGGGAGCCGCUGUGAGCCGCUGCCCAGCAUGAUGGAUGCCAUGACCGACCAGGCCGGAUCCUACUGUGGGGGUGCUGUCACCUAUGGCAGCGGUGCUGAGAUGUAUGGCCCGUUUGAAUGCUUGCACCGUUGUGGGCAUGCAAACUCCAGCACGGCUUCAUACUGCAUCCAUCCCUCUCAGCUCAUGCGCAUUUCGGGUGAGGAGGCCUUUGUUCCAACGUCCUACCGACUAAGCGACAUGCUUCCCCCCAAUGCUUCUUCAGCCUGUGAUGCAGGCUACACACUCCAAAGCGCUGUGUGUGUAAAGGAGCAAGACUAUUUUGUGCCAGCGAUCGAAAAACUCUCCGUGUCGUUCAGUCAUCAGUUUGUGGUCUACCCCACCUACAACAGCGUGAGUUUUCAAGACCGAGUUUCUUCUUCCUUGAAGGCUCAUUCUGGUGCAUACCACUCGCAAGGUUGGGAUGUCGGCAUGCUCUCAGUGCUGUUUAGCCGCAGUGGUGCAGAGUUGAGGCGAUUCCAACCUGGUGAAGGCAUUAGCCUCACGAUUGAGGAAAUGCUGCAGGCAGCAUAUGUUGAAGGCGCAGAUAGCAUCAGUCUCGACAGUGCCAUGGAUGCUAGUAGUUUGCCCAUUCGUUUGACGGGCUUAGCUGUUACCAUUGACAUUUGGACUACCUCAUCAAACACCUGCGAGUUGCAUCAUACCACUGAGACGGAUCCAAAAGAGGUCACUGUGGAGUGGUCUGGACCAAUCGCUUGUUUGUCAGUGCACGUGGACCGCCGCUGGGCCAAGGAACAGGAGGAACAAACAAUGGGUACAACUGGUCUUCGGGUGGUGCACAUGAAUGGAGUCCACGUCAAGUUUCGGCAAAUGGGCUCCUUCUAUUUCUUCCACGAGCAGAACCUGCUGCGGAACAUCACCGUGGUUUUGCUGUGGGUUCAGUUUCCUCUCUUGAUUUGCUACUGGUUUUGCAUGCUUGUCUUGGGCAUGCUGUCCAGUAUCUACAGUGCUGUUUUGCAUCAGGAAGUUAAUGUGGCCGAGGGCCUCAAGGGUUUCUCAGUGAGACUUCUGACCUACAGCAGCGCGUUCAUGAAUCUUCGGGGCAAGAGUCUUAAUAUGAAGAGCGACGGCAUUACCAAGAAGUGCGUGGCUGAACGGCUCUCCAAGAUAUGCGACAACUUGGAGGUUGAAGACUCUGUGCUGGAGCAUGUGGGUCACGUGAUCUUCCACAGCCUCAAGUCCUUCAAGAAAGACAACGCACCGAACACGGACGUUGUGACCUGCCAAGAGUUUUGCGCAGCUUGCUCAACCAAUGAGCCUGUGCAAUUGGGCACAUUGGUCAAGAUUUUUGACAAGGACCGCAAGCUCGGGUGUCUCGAGAGCUUUUUCUUGGACAAGACGCUGGGCGAGGUUCGGCGUGCUGCAGAGGCAGAGGGCGAUUCGGUUGAAAUAGAGGAGGCUGCUGAUGACUCGGAGGAGUCACAUGCGGCCCACUCCAGGGUCGUGCAGGCCUACAGAGAUGUGCAAUUCAUGCUAAAAGACCUCGGCCGGAUAGAGCAGUUGGCGUUGAAGACAGCGCAGGACUUGGAUGUGAAUCCAAGCACCUUGGGUUUGGUCGGUACAAGCAAUCACCCAGGUGUAGCAGCACCAGCUGGAAGUGUACUUCCCAAAUUGAAGCGCUCGGUCUCGGAGGAUAGCGUUGGGGAUGAGGCUUCUGCAGAGAAGCGCGAUCCUCGCGACAUUGAGCGAUGAUUUCCUGUGGUUUCACUGCGCCAAUCGCCAAAAGGAUGAUGGCUCUUUAUUUUUGGAGGGCUUCUCAGAAGAUGAUGUUUUUGACAGCUGAAUAGUGGGUUGCCCCAUCCGC